CGGGAGGGAGUCUAUUCUUGGUUUGGUCGGGGUGGAUGUGAAGGUAAGUUUGGAGAACACAUUGAGCAGAUCCACCAGCGGCAGCAGCGUGUGGAGAUGACCGUGGAUAAGAUGGAUCCCGUGGAAGUGUUCGCGGCCGGAGAAAAGGGCCGUGGUCUCCGCGUUACUAAAGAGAUGUCACCAGGAGAUGUGGUGUUCGCUGAGGCCAGCUUCGCUGCUGUCGUGUUUGACAGUCUGUCCCUGCAGGUGUGUCACAGUUGUUUCCGGCGUCAGUCGAAUCCUCACCGCUGCGCUCAGUGUAAAUUUGCUCACUACUGCGACCGCACGUGCCAGCGCGCCGCAUGGGACGAACACAAACAGGAAUGUUCUGCCAUCAGAAAGAUGGGAAAAGCACCCAAUGAGAACGUGCGUCUGGCUGCUCGGAUCAUGUGGCGUAUACACAAGGACACGGGGCUCGUCUCCGACUCUCAGCUCACCACUCUGGACCUGCUGGAGGAUCAUCUGUCCCAAAUGUUGCCGGAGGACCUGAAGGAGCUGAAAGUCGAUGUGCAAAACUUCUUUCAAUACUGGCCAAAGAAGAGCAAGCCGGUGGGAGAGGAUUAUGUGGCUCAUAUCAUCGGUGUGAUUAACUGUAACGGUUUCACACUGAGUGAUCAGAGAGGUCUUCAGGCCGUGGGUGUGGGUCUCUUUCCAAACCUCUGCCUGGUGAAUCAUGACUGCUGGCCCAACUGCACCGUCAUUCUGAAUCACGGCGAUCAAACCGCUCUGGACGCCACAUUCCACUCUGAGAGAAGGAUCGAGCUGAGGGCUCUGGAGACCAUCUCCGAGGGUGAAGAGUUAACCGUCAGUUAUGUGGAUUUUCUGAACGUGUCUAAAGAGCGUCAGCGUUUACUCAAGCAGCAGUAUUACUUUGACUGCAAAUGUGAGCACUGUACUCACGCUGUUAAAGACCAACUCAUGACCGCCGUCAAAGACAAGUCGCCGGCUGAUGUGGUGAAGCAGGUGACAGAUUUGAGUCUUCAGGCUCUGACGAAGAUUGAGGAAGCUCGAACUGAAGGAAACUUCCACGAGGUGAUUAAACUCUGUCAGGAGUGUCUGGAGAAGCAGGAGUCCGUGUUUGAAGACACUCAUCUUCCUCUGCUGCGCGUCCUCAGCACCGCCAGUGAAGUCCUCAGCUUCUUACAGCAGUUUCAUCAGGCGUCAGGAUACUCGCUCAGGGUGGUGGACGGAUACAGUCAACUCUAUCAUCGUAAUAACGCUCAGCUGGGAAUGGCCAUCAUGAGAGCAGGAGUCACACACUGGCAUGCAGGUUUAAUCGAGGUGGCUCACGGAUUGAUCUGUAGAGCGUUUGCUAUCCUGAUGAUCACCCAUGGACCACACCAUCCCAUCACCAAAGACCUGGAGGCCAUGCGGACGCAGACAGAAAUGGAGCUGCGCUUGUUUAAACAGAAUAAACAUGUUUAUGAUAACAUGAGAGAGGCUGUGCUGAGCAAUAAACCCUUGAUGCUCGCUGGAGAACAAGUGCCAAUCAAAGCCACGUCAUAGACCUUCAGCUAGACUGAAACUGAGACGUCACGUCUGCUUCCAUCUGCCUGGUUUUACUGGGUCAAAUAAAGGCAUGCUCACCAGAUUGUCAUGUUUUGAGUAAACACGCUUGAGACGGGAAAAUAA